GAUUAAAAAAUAUAGUUAUUUUAUGAAUGUUAUUCACUGUGUCACUUCAGCUUGCUGUGAAGAUCUGGUGGUCGUCGUCCAAUGUAAGUCGUCGACAAAAUCAUUAAUGUCCCCAUCAGGAAGGCGGUGAGCAUGCUCAAGCCGCCUUCCCCAGAUUCGGCUAGCGUAGAGGUACAACCAUCAGCAUCCCCAACGGCGCGCUGUGAAGCUCGCAAACCAAUGGCGGCCAAAUUCCAGCAGCAGCCAGCUUGAGGCGGCACGAAAUAGAAAAGAGCAACUCCAACGUCUUGCCCACAAACAGGAGCGCACAUGGAUGAAAAUUUGGGCCUGAAUAGCCUCGACCAGCCACCACAAUACCUCCCCGCGCAUAUCGGCUUCUACUUGCUCCGUCAACCGUCUCCAGGUACCUCCCGAGACGAGAAGCGCGUUCGGAAUUAAUACCCUUCUUCCACCGUGUCCAAGCAACGCCUCCGACCGAACGAGUGAUCUUAAAGUUUUGAUUCCAACGCUUGACCUGCCAACAACAGCUUCGAUAGAUCCAACAGCAAAUAUCAGCAGAAGAUAUAUCAACAGCAACACCAGAUACCCCAGCCAAGAUGGUCGGCAAAGUCAGCGAGCGUGUCCUCGCCAGGGAGGGACUCGAGCGCACCGACAAUGGCAUGAAGCAAACGAGCUGGCCCGACGUGCCACCAAUUAAUCAGAAGAAUUACUACACGGACUACAUGAAGCGCGAUGACCAGAUCUUGUCGCUGAGGCUUCAAGCAGAGGCGAACCGAGACCGACUGGUACAAAACGCCAAAGACCGCGAUCGCGCACUCAACAACACCAAUGGCGACGUAACGCUUCCCGUCGACGACCUCCAGGGCGAGGAUGGUGGCCCUUCGUCGUCUUAUAUGGACCCGUCAAAGAUUAUCGUGAUACACCCGGGAAGUCAAAACUUGCGACUCGGCUUUGCGAGCGAUGCCCUCCCCAAGACCAUUCCCAUGGUACUUGCGACCAAGUACCCGCAAACCGAGUCUGAGAUGUACGAGGCGCUACCGCGGCGCAAGUUUGAGGAGCGGGGCAUGGAUCAACAGCACGGCGAGGAAUGGUCAAAGAAGUACCAGAAGGCGUGCAACGACCUGAAGGUGGACAUGCGCCAAAACAAGCGGAAGGUGCUGCCUAAUUCCAAGGACCUUGUUGUCAACUUCAACAGAAGAACAGAACCAGAGAUCAUCUCGCAGCACAAUGACCCACUCCAAGUCGAAUGGACCGAUGUCAGCACGCUGGAGGACGGUGGUUCAGAAUCUGCAGUAUUCAUUGGCCACCAAGCCCAGCGCGUGCCAGAUGAUUCAAAUCCCAAGUUCAAGCUGUGGCGGCCGAUUCAGAAUGGCUGGUUGAACGAGAACGAGUACCCUACUCAGGCACAUCUUUUCAACGACCUUGAGACAUUACUAGACCGAGCCUUUCGGUGGGAACUGGGACUGAAGAAGAGCACAGAGUGGAAGCAGUACAGCUGUGUCAUCAUUAUCCCAGAUCUUUACGACAAGAAGUAUGUCGAACAACUUCUACAUCUUUGCAUCGAAUGGUUCGAGUUUAGCAGGGUUGCGUUCAUUCAGGAGAGCAUGGCCGCGACCUUCGGUGCUGGUUACACUCAGGCCUGUGUGGUGGACUGCGGUGCGCAAAAGACCUCCAUCGCUUGCGUGGAAGAUGGUCUCUGUAUCGAAGACUCGCGCAUCAACCUCAAGUUUGGCGGCUGGGAUGUCACAGAGACUUUCAUCAAGAUGAUGCUCUAUGAUAAUUUCCCAUAUCAAGAGAUCAACCUCCGUAGGAGAUAUGAUUUCCUGCUGGCCGAGGAACUCAAGAUCAAGUAUUGCACUUUGUCGCAAGCCAACAUCUCGGUCCAAAACUACGACUUCCACCUCCGCGCUCCGAACCAGCCGACGCGGAAGUACAUGUUCAAGUGCUACGAUGAAGUUAUUCUCGCCCCUAUGGGUUUCUACGAUCCAUCGAUAUUCGACAACAGCCACAAACUGGACAAGAGGCGACAGCUGAUCGACCGGUCCUACAACGCUUAUGAUGUCGACAUGCCUGACGAUCCUACCUCUGCCGCCCAGCUCGCCAUCCUGGCACAUAUCCAACCCUCCGUCACCCAAACCACCAUCCCGGCAUCUUCCUUCACCGGCGCCCCUGGCGAGAUGGGUAUGGCAACCCCAAGUAAGGAAAGGUCCAACCCGUUCAACUUCCUCGGCCACAACAACAAUGCCAGCGCGACCCCAGGCACAUCCAAAGCCCCCUCCCCAGCCCCGGACGCUGGUGUCUCAACCCCCGUCCCCGCCCCUUACAUAUUCGGCGCAUCCUCCCGUGAUCUCAACGGCUCCCCCGCCCCCUCCGCCCGCAACGGCGGCACCCCCGCACCAAACGGCUCCUUCCUCUUACCAACAACCUCCUUCGACAACAACCCAACCUCAAACCAACCCCUCCAGCGAACAGCCAAAGAUCUCGCCACUGAGCGGGACUCUGUCCUCCCCGUCGCCCCCCUCGACAUCGCAAUCAUGACAUCAAUCCAAAACGCGGCCAAGGGGGACGAGAAAAAGGUGAGAGAGUUGCUAGGGAGCAUCAUGGUUGUCGGCGGGGGUGCCAAGAUUCCGCAUUUUGCCCCGUUCUUGGAGGAGAGGUUGAGGGCGAGGAGGCCGGAUCUGCAGGACAAGAUUUUGGUGAGCAGGAGCGCGAGGGAGAUGGACGAGCAGGUUGUUGUUUGGAAGGGGGCGAGCGUGUUUGCCAAGCUGGCGACGAAUGAUAGUUGGAUUACGGGGGGAGAGUAUAAGGUGCUGGGGAGUAGGUGUGUUUAUCAUAAGGUGCUUUGGCAGUAUUAG